UUAUCUCAGUACAACUGUGAACCAGAGAUGUAACUUGGUGGCUUGCAGUGUGAUAACCCUCUGCCGUACUAGAACACAGCUAGGAGUUAUCUACCAAAAAGAUCAACUGACAAUAUAGUUAUUUACCCACAGGCAAAAGAGCUUUGUUGCAGACUAACCAUAAAAUGGUGGCAAGAACUAGUUUGUUGUCACCCUAAUAACCUCAUUCUGUAUUUUAUCUUUCAAAGAUAAAUGCAUGAAAUAGAGCAUCCUCUUGCAGCCUAGUUUACUUUGCAUCCUUUGUGGACUUGAUUCAUUGGAUUCUGCUUGUGUUCUGGUAAUUGAAAGUUGCUAGAGGAAAGUUCUUUGCUUUUCCUCAGAAACCUGAAAAAGAGGAACACAGAAACCGCCACACAUCUCAGCCUUUUGGCUCCUAUUGUCUAGAAGACAACAGGAUAAUGUCUUACCAAAGGUGGCGAUAUCCUGUAUAUUCCAGAGAUAUACAAAGACUUCUGGAGCCAUCAGCCCAUAGACUGAAUAUUUUGAAGUUCAGGGUGGCUGGACAACUUUUAGCAUUCUUGCCACCUCCUUCCCCCCUUUUUUUUCGUGUGUUGUGUAGGCUUUUCCUUCCUACUGUAUCUCUCUUGUCAGCACAUACAGUGCCCUCAUUGGGACUGCUGUUUGUGCAGGAUGUUUCUUUUCACCAGGCAUCAAUGAAACCAACACACACUGGCAGAGGACACGUUUGAAGACUGUUUAAGUAAAAAUGUGAAAAGAAGAAAAAAAAUUGGUAUUUCCUUUCAUAAGCACUGCCAAGCUCAGACAGAACAGCUUCUGUGACUUGUGCACAGCGGGCUGUCACUGGUGGGCGGUAGGUUUUGGUGGGUUAAAAUGAGUGAGUUGCGUUCAUAGAACAGGAAGCCAAGAGAGGGACUAUAACCUUAACAAGUUAAGCAAGGACAGGCACAUUGCAGUGUUGUUUCUUGUACCUAUUUCAGUUCACAACGCAUUAGAACGAUGGCUGAACUGAGGACUGGUGAGGCAGCAGGUUACAGCUGUAGCAGCCUCUGUGUUUGACAAGACACCAAACACCUCACACCCCAUGAGGCCACAGAAGCAUUAAAUUUGGAAAGAUCUCUUAUGGUUGCCAAGUCCAGACAUCAGCCCAACACCACUAUGCCUACUAAACCAUGUCCCCAAGUGUGAUGUCUACAAGCUUGUUGUCACCAGGAACGGUAACUUCACCACUUCCCUGGGCAGCCUGUUCCAAUGCUUUACCACUCUGUCCAGAACUGGACACAAUACUCCAGAUAAGGUCUCACAAGAGAGGAUUAGAGGGUCAGAAUCCCCUCCCUUAAUCUGCUGGCCAUGCUUCUUUUGAUGCAGCCCAGAACACGGUUGGCCUUCCCUGGACAACUUGUUCCAGUGCCCCACCAUCCUCAUCAUAAAGAAAUUCCUCCUUACAUCUAAUCUAAAUCUGCCCCUCUCCAGUUUAUAGCCAUUGCCCCUCAUCUAUCACUACAUACCUUUGUAAAAAGUCCCUCCCCAGCUUUCCUGUAGGCCCCCUUCAGGUACUGGAAGGUCUUUCUUUUGAUGCAGCUGUGAGCGCACACUGCCGGCUCAUGUCGAGCUUCUCAUCACUCAGCACCCCCAAGUCCUUCUCUGCAGGGCUGCUCUCAAUCACAUCACCCCCCAUCCUGCCCUGAAAUCGGGGAUUGCCCCGACCCAGGUGCAGGACCUUACACUUGGCCUUGUUGAACCUCACAAGGUUCUCACAGCCCCACUUCUCCAGCCUGACAAGAUCCCUCUGGAUGACAUCCCGUCCUUCCAGUGUGGCAACUGCCCCACUCAGCUUGGUGUCAUCUGCAGACUCGCUGAGGGUGCAUUCGAUCUCGCUGUCUCUAUCACUGAUGAAGAUAUUAAACAGCACCGGUCCCAGUGCGGACCCCUGCGGGACACCACCAGUCACGGCUCUCCAUCUGGACCUCAGGCCCACAGCACCCACUCGACCCCCUGCUCGCUCCUAUGCGGACACGCUCACUCCCGCCCGCCGGAAGCCGGAAGCCGGAAGCGGGGGAUGCGGGAGGCGGCGGGGCGGGGCCCGGCGGUGGCGGCGGUCGCGGGGUGCGGGCGGCGGGCGGAGGCCCCCGCGGGGCAAUAUGUUCAAGAGAAUGGCUGAGUUCGGGCCUGACUCCGGGGGCAGGGUGAAGGGCGUCACCAUCGUGAAGCCGAUCGUGUACGGGAACGUGGCGCGGUACUUCGGGAAGAAGAGGGAGGAGGACGGCCACACGCACCAGUGGACGGUGUACGUGAAGCCCUACAGGAACGAGGACAUGUCUGCCUAUGUGAAAAAAAUUCAAUUCAAGCUGCAUGAAAGCUACGGUAAUCCUUUAAGAGUUGUUACCAAACCACCAUAUGAAAUCACAGAAACAGGCUGGGGUGAAUUUGAAAUCAUCAUUAAGAUAUUUUUCAUUGAUCCAAAUGAAAGACCUGUAACCUUGUAUCACUUGCUGAAGCUUUUUCAGUCUGAUACCAAUGCCAUCCUGGGAAAGAAAACUGUAGUUUCUGAAUUCUAUGAUGAAAUGAUAUUUCAAGAUCCUACUGCAAUGAUGCAGCAGCUGUUAACAACGUCUCGUCAGCUAACGCUAGGUGCUUAUAAGCAUGAAACAGAGUUUGCAGAUCUUGAAGUGAAAACCAGGGAAAAGCUGGAAGCUGCCAAAAAGAAAACUAGUUUUGAAAUUGCUGAGCUUAAAGAAAGAUUAAAAGCAAGUCGUGAAACCAUCAACUGUUUAAAAAAUGAAAUCAGAAAACUUGAAGAAGAUGAUCAGUCUAAAGAUAUGUGAUGAGUGCUGACUUGAUAAAAAGCAUGUACUGAAAAUGAAAGGACUUCUGUCAUGGAAUCAUAUGAGUUCUCUUCAGUUGUGUAACUGAGACUCUGAAUUCCACCUGCAAAUGAUUGAAGUGUGUGGCAAUCGGUUUCAUAAACGGAAGAAAAAUGAAAGAAUGUAUCCUUGUUUUAUAGUUAAAAUCUGUGGGUACUUAAUGAUUUGAGUAGAACGGGUCUUGGAAACAAGACUACUGUUUUUUUAAACUGCAUCAGAGUGGUAUACGAAAACGUUUUAUUAAGCCUUGUACGAGGUCAAUGUGAUUUUACAAAAUGCCAUUGUUUACGUUUUUUUACUUGUUUUUCUACUGAUUGUUUAGAGGUGCAUCUGUAAAGCUGAAAAUAAAACAUACAUUUUUUUAUUUUAGUAUUUUCUGUCUGUCCAGUUGUGGGCUUCAAGGACAAUUGUAAGAAGCAUGCCCUGAUUUAAGGCAAAGGUU